AUGACGGAUAACAUCCCCCUGCAGCCUGUCAGGCAGAAGAAACGACUGGACAACCAGCACCGCGCAGGAUGUUGCGAGUGGCUGAGAUGUUGUGGCAGAAGGGAUCCUCGGCCUCGGACUGUCUGGUUGGGUCACCCCGAAAAGCGAGAGCAGAGAUAUCCUCGCAAUGUGAUCAACAAUCAGAAAUACAACUUCUUCACCUUUCUCCCUGGGGUGUUGUUUAACCAGUUCAAGUACUUUUUCAAUCUUUACUUCUUACUUCUGGCUGGCUCUCAAUUUGUCCCUGAGAUGAGACUUGGCGCCCUUUAUACAUACUGGGUUCCUCUGGGUUUCGUACUCGCGGUGACCAUAAUUCGAGAGGCAGUGGAAGAGAUCCGAUGUUAUGUACGGGAUAAGGAAGUGAACUCCCAGAUCUACAGCAAACUCACAGCAAGAGGCACUGUGAAAGUGAAGAGCUCUAGUAUACAAGUAGGAGAACUUAUCAUUGUUGAAAAGAACCAGCGAGUCCCUGCUGACAUGAUCUUCCUGAGGACAUCAGAAAAAAAUGGGUCUUGUUUCUUGCGUACCGAUCAGUUGGAUGGUGAGACAGAUUGGAAAUUGCGACUUCCCGUGGCUUGCACACAAAGAUUACCCACUGCUGCUGAUCUUCUUCAAAUCCGAUCCUACGUCUAUGCAGAAGAACCAAAUAUUGACAUUCAUAAUUUUGUGGGAACUUUUACCAGAGAAGACAGUGACCCUCCCGUCAGUGAGAGCUUGAGCAUAGAGAAUACUCUAUGGGCCAGCACCGUAAUCGCUUCAGGUACGGUGGUCGGCGUUGUUCUUUACACAGGCCGGGAGCUACGGAGUGUGAUGAACACCUCAAAUCCACGAAGUAAGAUCGGGCUGUUUGACCUGGAAGUGAACUGCCUCACGAAGAUUCUCUUCGGAGCUCUGGUGGUGGUCUCGCUUGUCAUGGUGGCCCUUCAGCACUUCGCUGGUCGUUGGUAUCUUCAGAUCAUUAGAUUCCUCCUCUUGUUUUCCAACAUCAUUCCUAUCAGCUUGCGGGUUAACCUGGACAUGGGGAAAAUUGUUUACAGCUGGGUAAUCCGAAGGGAUUCCAAAAUUCCUGGAACAGUGGUUCGCUCCAGCACGAUUCCAGAGCAGCUUGGAAGGAUAUCUUACCUACUUACCGAUAAAACAGGAACUCUUACCCAGAAUGAGAUGGUUUUCAAACGGCUUCAUCUUGGAACAGUAGCUUAUGGAUUGGAUUCAAUGGAUGAAGUUCAGAGUCAUAUAUUUAGUAUAUACACUCAGCAAUCACAAGAUCCUCCUGCGAUAAAAGGUCCUACCCUCACCACCAAAGUGCGCAAAACCAUGAGUAGUCGAGUUCACGAAGCUGUGAAAGCCAUCGCUCUGUGCCAUAACGUUACGCCGGUUUAUGAAUCUAAUGGAGUGACAGACCAAGCAGAAGCUGAGAAGCAUUAUGAAGACACAUGUAGGGUCUACCAGGCAUCCAGCCCUGAUGAGGUGGCCCUGGUACAGUGGACUGAGAGUGUUGGCUUAACCCUGGUGGGCAGAGAUCAAUCUUCUAUGCAGCUGAGGACGCCUGGUGGCCAAAUCCUAAACUUCACCAUUUUGCAAAUCUUCCCUUUCACCUAUGAAAGCAAACGGAUGGGAAUCAUCGUCAGAGAUGAAACAACAGGAGAAAUCACUUUUUACAUGAAGGGAGCUGACGUGGUUAUGGCUGGCAUUGUGCAGUACAAUGACUGGCUGGAGGAAGAGUGCGGCAAUAUGGCCAGGGAAGGCUUGAGGGUUCUUGUGGUGGCUAAGAAGUCUUUGACCGAGGAACAGUAUCAAGACUUUGAGGCACGCUACAUCCAAGCAAAGCUCAGCGUGCAUGACCGCUCCCUGAAAGUGGCAACUGUGAUCGAGAGUCUUGAAAUGGAGAUGGAACUGCUCUGUCUAACUGGAGUGGAAGACCAGCUACAGAUGGACGUGAGGCCAACCCUGGAGACUUUGAGAAAUGCUGGCAUUAAGGUUUGGAUGCUCACGGGGGACAAACUGGAGACAGCCACAUGUACUGCAAAGAAUGCUCACCUAGUAACCCGAAACCAGGACAUUCAUAUUUUUAGACUGGUGACUAACAGAGGAGAAGCUCAUUUGGAGCUGAAUGCAUUCCGCAGGAAACAUGACUGUGCCCUGGUCAUCUCCGGAGACUCCCUGGAGGUGUGUCUGAAAUACUAUGAAUAUGAGUUCAUGGAAUUGGCCUGCCAGUGUCCAGCUGUGGUGUGCUGCCGUUGUGCCCCAACUCAGAAGGCCCAGAUUGUGCGCUUGCUUCAGGAACGGACGGGAAAGCUGACCUGUGCUGUGGGUGAUGGGGGAAAUGACGUCAGUAUGAUUCAGGAAUCUGACUGUGGUGUGGGGGUCGAAGGAAAGGAAGGAAAACAAGCAUCUCUUGCUGCGGAUUUCUCUGUCACUCAAUUUAAGCAUCUGGGACGGUUACUGAUGGUUCACGGAAGGAACAGCUACAAGAGAUCAGCAGCUCUCAGUCAGUUUGUGAUCCACAGGAGCCUGUGUAUCAGCACCAUGCAGGCUGUCUUCUCUUCAGUGUUUUACUUUGCCUCAGUUCCUCUUUAUCAAGGAUUCCUCAUUAUUGGGUACUCGACCAUUUAUACCAUGUUUCCGGUGUUCUCUCUUGUCCUGGACAAAGAUGUUAAAUCUGAAGUUGCCAUGCUGUAUCCAGAGCUCUACAAAGACCUCCUUAAGGGACGACCAUUAUCAUACAAGACAUUUUUAAUAUGGGUUUUGAUAAGCAUUUAUCAAGGUAGCAUCAUCAUGUAUGGAGCAUUGCUGCUUUUUGAAUCUGAGUUUGUCCAUAUAGUGGCAAUUUCCUUCACAUCCUUGAUUCUGACGGAAUUGCUGAUGGUGGCUUUAACAAUUCAGACGUGGCACUGGCUCAUGAUUGUGGCAGAGUUGCUCAGUCUUUCCUGCUAUAUAGCUUCUUUGGUCUUCUUGCACGAGUUUAUUGAUGUGUACUUCAUUGCCACCUUAUCGUUCUUGUGGAAAGUCACAGUCAUAACUCUGGUCAGUUGUCUUCCCCUCUACGUUCUGAAAUACCUGAGAAGACGAUUCUCUCCUCCCAGUUACUCAAAGCUCACGUCAUAGGCUACUAAUCCCGGGGCAGGGGGCAGGGAGCUGGGGGGAGGCCGUGAACGGGAACUUUGCACACUUCUUCUGAUGGACAAACAUAAUGUAUCCCUUGUACUAACUACUUAGGAUAGUUGCACAUGAAUAUGCAGUUAUCGGUAGCCUAUGCUGCUUGAACGAGAAGACUUACAAAUGCCAUGAAAUGAAGCUAAACUGUCUCAGUGUCAGAGGGGGAAGUCCAUUCAUGCACCGAACGGAUCAGUUUCGGCACCAUUUGUCAUUCAGUUGAAUGGAUGAGGAUUUAACCAGAGAUCCAAGUAUUCACCUGAAAAGCUGCUCUUCGACUCUGAAUUUUUAUCGUGUGGCAAAAUAUUUUUAGUUUGGAUGAAGAUUGCGGAGUGUGUUUGGUUUUUUUGAACUGUUAUGUGUUGUGAAAUGGCUUUGUAUUUAUAUUUUUUAUUAUUUCUCUCAAGGUUCAGCAGCAGAUGCUGGGUGCUUGGAAACUUCUGUUUGGGCAUAAAAAUGCUACAAAUGAUUGUGUUGACUGCUUUCUGGUAUUACCCCUCCAUUCGAGAAGGCUCCAUUAUUAAUUGAUAAUUGCACACAAUUGGGACUCCUUUGUUAAGAUUAGUUUUUCCUUCUGGCAUCCCUAGCGAAAGACUAAAAGUUAGAAAAUCCAGACCACUCUGUCAAUCAAUCAAUCAAUCGUAUUUAUUGAGCGCUUACUGUGCAGAGCACUGUACUAAGCGCUUGGGAGUUCUGGCCCAACUUUGAGAGCAGUCCUGACAGCGUCUCCUGAGAGGCAAUAUACCAUGUUUUCAAUUAAUUUUUUUUAAAGGUGAAGUGUUUCUGCUAGAAAGAGCCGGUAAUGUAGAAACAACAGAAGGUCUGCUGGCAUUCUCAGCAGAGUCCCUGAAUUUAAGCAAAGCUCCUUAGCAGGAAAUUUGCAGCUGAACUGUCCUUAAAUGUGUCGACAGUGUGAUAAGAGUCUGAACUAAUUCUUUAGACAAUGUGGCAGACAUGACUCAAAUCCUCUGAGGCUGAGAGGAAAGGUCAGAGAGCUGCUGCUCUUCAGUUACAUACAAAUCUGUUUCCUGUUAGGAGGAAUUAAUGAAGAAGAACUGAAAAUAAGCCGAGGCAUCUUACACUGUUGCCAUUCAUCAGAAGCUUUUAGAGUGGGAAAACCAGUGGGGAGAUGUCCAGGGCUUGCAGCAUUAAAAAUUGGAAUUUGCUUCAUUGAGCAAAAGUUUUGAAGGAAGCCUGCUGAAAGGCAGCCUUUGGUAAAUGAUAUGAUGCUUCUCCUGUGGUAGAAAUCCCCAGAAUGUGUUUUAAGUGAAAGUGCAGGGGGGAAGGGGGAGGGUUUGCAAGACAUUUCAGUGGAGGCUACAAGGAGUUGGUAAGGGUUAUAGGUAAAACAAAAAACGUGUGUGUUUUGGGGGGUGGGGAGGAGGGGUGUUUUCCCCUCUAUUAGCCUCAAAGUACCAGAAAGGAGGAAGUUGGUGGGACUUUAAAGUAAAAUAAGUUAUAGUAGUUACCUUUCUUGCCCUUUACCCCUGAUCCCAGAGGGGAUUCCCCCAAAUUUGGGCUGAAAGAGUUGGGGGGAAUUGGUUUAACCUGGCUAUAAUAAUGAUGGUAUUUGUUAAGCGCUUACUAUGUGCUAAGCACUGUUCUAAGUGCUAGGCUAUACUGGGAGGGACUUGUGUUCAGUAUUUUCAGUGCAGCCCAUCUACACAUUUUAAAGGGACUUAUUGCCUACAAAGAAAUUCUGUGACCUAAAGGCGAGGAUAGGUUGACAAUUAAAAUCUUUGUGGCUCUGUCAUACAUUGGUGCAGCAGAUUAGGUUAGAUUAGACUCAGAUUAGAAAAUAGACCCAGCCCUUUCCAUCUCCUCUGUUCAUUUCUUGAGACAGAAAUGGAUCAAGCUAAAAUAAGGAGGCAGCUGAGGUAGAUGUGUGAAUGAAACCGUGCAACCCAUAGGUAGGCAAGAGUGGUCCCUUUUUCUCUCAAACUCUUCAAAAGCUGGAAGAGCUCCUAAUGUGUGCUCUUCAUCUGCGACCUCAAAGGGAAGUAGGCGGAAGAGGCCAGUUCCAGUCUGUCCAUAAGAUCGGAGCCUCUCAUUCUGGGCUUGCAAAUACUGACCUGGAUGGUGCUAAAGAAAUAUGGUGAUCUAUUCAAAUCUUGUAGCAAUAGCCCCAUCGGAUUUGGUUUGGCAUCCCCUCUUCAACUGAAAUUAGACAAUAGUUGAAAUUUGCUGGUUUGGAUUAUUAUUAUUAUUUGAUAUCUCCCUCUAUGUUAAGAAGCAAUCUGAGCUUGUUUUAAUUACAGAAAAUGUCUUCAUCUUAUUUCGAUUAUUCCCAGAGAGAAACAAGUAUCUAGGGCUCCAUUUAGUAGUAAGGUCCCUCUUUUGAGAACACGAUAUGACCACAGCACAUGUGUGGGAUAUAGAUGAUUGGUAUGAAAAAGCCCGCUAUUUUUGGAUUUCCCAUUUCCCUGUGAAUUUUUUCCGUAAGCUUUAUUCAAAACAGCCUUUAGUAAUAGUGAGUAUCCAAAUUUUUAAAUGGUUUCUAUCUUCAGGACAGAAGGGCUCUAAUGGAGGCAGAAGAGAGAUAAUCUGGAAGAGCAAAUUGUGGAAAUGACAUCUGUUUAAGGACUAUUCAUUCCAGUAUGAUUUCAUGGAGACUCAGUAAUGAAAACCAUGAAGAUUUCAAAGGGAAACCAGUUGGGAUAAAUAAUUCAUUUCUUGUUUUGUUGAAGGAACAUGAUGUUAGUACUUGUGCUCUUAUCGCUGCUAUCUCUACUAGCUGUAUUUUAGUAACUGAAUGUUCUUCAAGAAUUCAAGUGCUAAGUAUACUGUUUUAUCAAAAAUAAAUAGGGUUGAGGUUACUGCUUUCUGGGGUUGCUGAGUUUGGCAAAGUGCAAUCCAAAUUAACAAACAUCAAGCAUUAAAAUUCCUAACUGGAUUUUUUUUUCUUGUUUUAAAGGGAUAUUGUCAGGUCGAAAGGAUCACUUCAUUUAGAUCAUACUCCUUUUGUAAUGGAAAAUUGUUUGGAUGAAUAAAACUUGAGAAUUAAGAUUCACUUUAUUUCUCAAGCUAUACCAUUUCUCUCUUUUCCUCUAAGCUAAUCGAGAGCUGGAAAAGACCCAAAGGGAUCGUCUAAUCCAUCUCCAUGCUUAGGGCAAGGCAGUACUACCAUCAGAGGGUAAAAUAAAUAGAUCAGAUUUCUUGUUGGCGUUCAAAUGCAGCCUGAAGGGCGAUAUCAAUAUACUUAAACAUUGCUGAACCAAGUUUUCCUUUCCCUUUUAAACAUAAUCACGAUAAUACUCCUCUUGGGUAUCUUUGCACGCUUUAUUUUUAUUUUUAACUUUCAAAUUUAAAGCAGGGUACUGAGCUACCUGAGCAGAUGCCUUUAGUGAGUCAUAGUUCAGAUGUUAAACUUUAGGGUGCACGUGUUUGUAUAUGUGGCGUGGAAAACCUCUUAACACCCCCCCCCCCCCCGCCCCCAUCCCUACGAGUUGUAUGUGUGUGAGCAUUUGUGCGUGGGUGGUGUUAGAGUAAUCUGUGGUUUAGCUCUUAACUCUGGCUUCUUGCCAUGGAGAGAGAACUUGGCUGUAAAGCCAGAGAGCGGUUCUCAGGAGCCGAGUAGGCUUGAGUUUCAGUGCGUGGGCCAGGGUGACAUUGCACCAUUAUGUCAUGACGUCAUGUGCGCUCCAGAGGGGUGGGCGUCUUUGUCCCCAGAGGUGACUUCAGUCUAGAGAAUCCCGUGGGGAGCCAGGAUGGGCCUGGGAAAGAGGGAGCGGCCAGGGCGGAAACCCCACCUCAGGCCGGAAUGGUUGUGGAGUUGGAGGUCAAUCAAUCAAUCAAUCAAUUGUAUUUAUUGAGCGCUUACUGUGUGCAGAGCACUGUACUAGGCGCUUGGGAAGUACAAGUUGGCGCGGAACCUACCUUAGCCCCAAGACGGCCCUGCUUCCAGCAGAAACCCCUGGCUGGGCUGGACCAGCUCCAGUGGUACAGAGAAUCCAGAGAAAGCCUAACUCCACACUCAUUCCCAGUGAUUAUUCCGUACUGGGCCAGGGGACCCUCUGGGGAGCAGUACAGUGCUUGGCACAUAGUAAGCGCCUCACACUACACCAGGGACUUUCCCAACCCCUGUUCAAUGCUCCUCUUUAACUCCCCAGCCCCAGAACGCUGUCACCUUCUCUCCUGGCCAGAAGGAGAGAGCCAGGAGGCAGUAGGAUCCCUCUAGCCCUGCGUCGGUUGUUUUUUCACUAGCCAACUCCAGCUGUCACGACAGCACCGGGCAGGUUGUGCAAUUACUGUCUCUUUUUCGAGUUUAGCACUUUAUGUAUUGGUGUCUGAGUGAGUUUCCUCGAGUAGUAAUAAUUUUUGUAACGGUGAUGUUAAAUACUGAUGUUUGUUUACCGAAAAUUUCAACAGGGAUGAUUCUACCCUGGAAAUUUGCAUUCCGCCGGAGACUCUUCAAUAUAUUUUGAAUUUGGUGUUCGCUGGGAGUUGAAAUCAUAAUAUCUGUUUCUUCAGAUGGGAUUUUGUUUUUAUACUUAGAUAUUAUUUACCAGGGGGUCAUUUCAUUCAGACAUGUGAUUUUGGGGAAGUAGUUUCGAAUCUUUGCCAAACGAGCUUAAAGGAGCCUUAGGGAAGUAUUUGUGUCUCAUUCUUGUUCUUCAUUCUAACUUUAGAAAUAAAAAAGAAACAUGUAGGAGUUACUUUCAGAAGUUUUUCCCUUCCGGUGCCUGUGUAUUUUGUUAACACUUGUGUUUCUGACUCUUUAAGCUUGUGUGUCUUUGAUUUCGUUAUGAAAUGGUUCAUUCUGAUAGCAUUGACAUUUUACACCCACGAGAUAAUAUCCCCAUUUGCAAAAGGCUCAAGCAACUUUGUAAAUUCAGCAGAUUGCAUUUUUCCACAUUUCCUUCCAAUCUUUAUUAACUUAAUAUCCUUCUUAAAGUGCAGUGUGUCCCAGUUUGUCCUUCAUUUUUACUGAAACGCAUGGUACGUUUCGAGCGGAGCCCAAGUUACCUGGCUCUGGCACCAUUUGGCCCAUUGAAACUUAUCAUGCCGAAGUACCAUUGUUUCUGCAACAGUGUCCUCAGCAACUUUAGCACCUUUUGGCGACAGUCUCUAAAUACUAUGGAGCAAAGAAUAUUUGUAUUUUCUUGACUAUAACAGAGACAAAUUUAUGUUCCACACAGUGGGGUAGGUUUAAAGUUCAUGCGGAAUCACAUUCCUUCCCCAUGUAUCUCAUACCUAAUCCUCAUUUCAAAUUAUUCAAUUUUUUUUUGAUAGGAGUGAAACUGGUACACAAUUCUUCAAUUUAGUAUGAAAUCCCAAGUGAAUUAAAUUACAACUCUACGAUGAGACACAUGUGAUCUGUAGUGUUUCAGAAGUUAUCUCACUGUCUGCCGGUAUGGAUCAUUGUUGUUGCCUAAUAAAUCUAGUGUACUUUUAAGCCUUUAAAAAUCAUUCUUAUUUGUAUGAAAACAUGAAUUCUGGUGUCAAAAUGAUGAAUAUUUAUUGUGAUGCUGAUGUUUUGUACCUUUCAUCUAGCUCAUAAAAUGUAAAUAUAUUUUAUUCAAGUUUAAAGUCUUAAUUCAGCUUUAAAACAAAAGCAAGUUAUUUAUUGUUCCGUGGAGUUAUAUGUUCCAGACAAAUGAGAACUUGAAAGGGAUUGAUGUUUAAAAAAAGUGAAAAAUAAAUUUUAUGCAACUUCAUGCUUUUAUUUAUA